GGGGGAGGGCAAACAUCGGGGUUUCCGCCCGCCCACUCGGGAUGCUAGGGGUGCGCGGCUGUAUCACAGCUUCCGUGGGAGGGGUUCCCGCACUCCCGCAGGGGUUCAGCAGCCAGGUCACAACCCGGAGGUAACCGGACCCGGGGCUUGAAUCCCUAGGCCACACCUCCAAGCCGCCAGCCGAAGCGCGCCUUUCCGCCCGCCUCCCGGCGCUUCCCGGCAGCUGGGGGCGGGGCCAGCCGCCCGUGGUGACGCAGCGGACAGGUCCGCGUGGGUGCGCGCGUGCUCUGAAAGGGCGGGGUCUCGCUUGCGGGCCAAGGGGCCCGAGAGAGGCUGUGCGACGUCCUGUAGCUUAUUUCCGUGAUAAUUUUACUGACUGUAGGCUUGGGCAUAAUUCACUUGUUUUUAUCAAUGCAGACUCUUGGCAAAUCUCUACGGCUAUUCCACGAUAUUUUCUUUGAAUAUCAGUUUUCUAAUUUGAUAAGUAGAAUAGGUAGUACCGAAGAAAUGGUAGAAUUGAAAUGUAUGUAAAAAUUUUGCAGUCUUUAAACAUUAAUAGAAAUUGUGACUGCGAAGUAGGAGCUGGAGCAAGUCAAGUGCCUUUUUAUAGAUGUGUACUUGGGGGAAAGGAGCCUUGCAUAAUGUGUGGAUUUGAAAAUAGCUCAGAAACAGCCAAAGGAAGUUCCCUAGGAUCAGGCCUGAUCUGACGAGGAAGUGGGAGGAGCCUCAGCCUGUCGCUGAGAAUGCUUGCUUGGUCAUAGAAGUAGAAACAAGUCACAAGAUUCCGGAACGCCUCCUUGGCACCCACUCAUUUAUUUCGUUAAAUAUUUUUAGUCAUGCCCUGGGUCUGCAUCUGAAAACCAGAGACCAAAGAAAAGGAAUGAAAUGUGUUCUUGUAGUACUUCAAAACUGAACAUGCAAGGACUGCCUUUAGGGGUGAUGGGAUCAUUGGGGGGAGUGGGCGUUGGGGAAGAAAAUUUGCAGGUUAUAUAGAGGUGAACAAGGCAAACGGAAGACAGAGUGGUUGUUUCUUCAGGAGGGAGAGAGAGAAUGACGGUGGGAUGGCUUGUCUUGCAUAGAGGCAGCAGGCACUAGGUGAGAGGAUAUCGUUGGUCCUGGAGAGAGCAAGGGAGUCCUGACCUAGGGCCGUGGUAGUGUGUCCAGCGGAGAAAGGCUGAGGCCAUCUGCCGUUAGUCUCAGCACUCUGAACGGAGGGGCAGGUGGAUCUGAGUUACCUUGUCUUUUUUAAGGACGGCUGGGGGCGGGGGUGGUAUUGUAGGAGGGUGUUGAGGUCCCAGGUGGUCUCCAGAAUUGUGUGCAGGCAGUGAAGUACUUGAAGAAAGCCACAGUGAAGUGGAGAGAGACAAGAGGGGAUGCAUAUCUAGAUCGACACCAAAAAUCAGUGGGUUUAAAACAAGGACUCUUGGGCUGGGAGCUUUAGCUUGAGAGAGUACUUGCCUAGCACUCCUGAGGCUGUGAACCCCAUCACAGUACCACAAGGCAAGCAUAGGUGAAGACGCAGUGUGAACUAACCUUUGACUUUGGAGAAACUGCAAGGGUCGUCUAGGUCCACGGGAUGAACUAUGGAAAGAGGGGGUUUUGGCCCCUGACGCUUUGUCUCCCUGACCCAAAAUGGAGCCCUCCCUGCAAGCAGUGGGUAGAGCUCAGGAUGGUACUCAAGGUUCAAGUGAGGGCUGAGUCACCAAGGGCCAGUGGUUGAUGUGGCCUCCUCUGAUGUCAUAUGCAGCCCUAAAGGACAGAGCCAGUCCCUGAAGAGGAAGGAGAAAGAGUAUGAGCAUGAGAUGGAGCGCCUUGCGCGGGAGAAGAUCGCCACCCAGCAGCGGCUGGCAGAGCUCAAGCAUGAGCUGAGUCAGUGGAUGGACGUGCUGGAGAUAGAUCGUGUGCUCCGGCAGACAGGCCAGCCUGAGGACGACCAGGCGUCCACCUCCACAGCCUCCGAGGGCGAGGACAACGUUGACGAGGAGAUGGAGGGAGACCGGGCAGGCCUGGGCCCACCUAAGCUGAACCAUCGUCCCCAGCCGGAGCUGCUGAAAUCCGCCCUGCCAACCCCCAGCACCGCCCCUGCGCCUCUGCCUACCCAUCCGCACCCUCACCCCCACCCAGUGGCCCUGUCUCCUGCCCACCUUCCUGUGCAGCAGCAGCAGCCACCACAGCAAAAGACCCCUCUGCCAGCCCCUCCUCCCCCACCUGCCACCCCAACCCAGACGCUAGUGCCAGCUCCGGCCCAUCUGGUGGCCACGGCUGGGGGCGGCUCCACGGUCAUUGCCCACACAGCCACGACCCAUGCCUCAGUCAUCCAGACUGUGAACCAUGUUCUGCAGGGGCCGGGGGGCAAGCAUAUCGCCCACAUCGCCCCCUCCGCCCCCAGCCCUGCUGUGCAGCUGGCACCCGCCACACCCCCCAUCGGCCACAUCACAGUGCACCCUGCCACCCUCAACCAUGUGGCCCACCUUGGCUCCCAGUUGCCCUUGUACCCACAGCCUGUGGCCGUGAGCCAGCCAGUGGCCGUGAGCCACAUCGCCCACACCCUGUCGCACCAGCAAGUAAAUGGCACAGCCGGGCUGGGGCCCCCAGCCACUGUCAUGGCAAAGCCAGCUGUGGGGGCCCAGGUGGUGCACCACCCCCAGCUGGUGGGCCAAACAGUGCUCAACCCUGUGACUAUGGUCACCAUGCCCUCCUUUCCGGUCAGCACACUCAAGCUGGCUUGAGAAUGAGGCCACUUAGGCCCCCAGUGGGGGCAGGGAAGGGGACCUGACUGCCCCUAAUCCCACCCACCAGCUCCACACAUUCCAGCCAGGCCCAGGCCCGCCCCACCCACACCACCCCCAGGCCUCCUUAGGGGAAGGGGGUGCAGAGACUCUGAGCCAGGGGAAGGGAGGGGCCCCCAGGGAGUUGGCUGCAGGCAGGAAGUCCUGCUGCAGGAGGACUUGGCAGACAGGAGGAUGCUUUUGGUGGACAUUCUUGCCUACCCAGCCUGGUGCCAGUUCUGGUGCCGCUCCAUCUCCCUGUUUUGUCCCCUGGAAGUCUGCACUGUGGCUUACGUUCUCUGCCUUCCCCUUCCCUGGCCUGCCUUCCUGUGCUGUUGCUGCUAUUGCUCUGUCUGGGGAGGUGGCUGAGCUCUCCGGCUUCCCCUCCCCAGCCUCAGAGUCCUGUGGGACCUCUGGAUAGGAAACAGGGAGCCCCAGAAAGAUGGGAGAUGGGUGGGGAGGGGCCCACCUCUGAGUGCAGGUGACAGAUCCUAAGAUCUGGAGUCAGGUUAGGACAAGUGAAGGCCUGGGCCUGGGCCACUCUGACCCACCUGUGGUCACUGUGAUUGGCUACAGUAGAAACUGUUCAGAAUGAGUCCCAACCAACAAUAAACGAGGUCCUGGCUGUUGUCAAGGUUCCCGAGCCUGCCCCUGGGGUGGGGCUUCCCUAGUGCUUCCCCCGGCCCUGGUUUAGGUACUGCCUGCAGCUUGGGAGGUGUGGACCAGCAAGGGCUCUAGGAGCUAAGGUACACUGUGGAGGUAUCCCGGGGCUCUUCCCAUUCUCCCUCCCUCUCGGUGCCAGUGUUGAGACCCCUCCCUUCCUGGUGGGGCUGCAGUGUCUAUGGUGGAAAGGGCCUUUGCUGGGGAAGACAAGGCACAGCAUGUGUUUGAUGGAGAGCGGGGGUGCUGUGCUUCGGGGGUGCUGUGUCUCCUGCCUCUGCUUCUGCAGACCGCUUUGGCUUCUCUUUUUAAGUGGAUAUUUAUUACAAGUGGCCUUGUGUCAGACACUCAGUUACUCGCGUGCGCAUUCAGGCCCUCACUGGACACUCACCAAUGGCCUUUCCGUGUGGGGCAGGAAGCAAGUGCCCCUAAGGUGCGAAGUUUGCACUGGGGGCUUAGGCAGUCCAGGGGCCAGAGGGGAGGACUCAGGGUCCUUCAGAUGACAUUGUGAGCAGACACUGAGGCCAGCGAAGGUCCUGAAUACAUUCUCCCUUGAAAUAAUGACUCCUCAGGUGCCUCAGAGCUCACAGGUCCUCCUGGCCCUGGAAACCUCCCAGGGCACUUUAUUAUUAUUAUUUGUCUCCUGGGGUAGGGAAUGGUAGCUAGGACCAGGUCUCAACCCCAGCACAGGAAUCCCAACAAACUGGCUGCCUUCCUGUGGCUGCUGCCAGCCACCUCUACCCACAUUCUGACUCUGGGGGCCACCUCCACUCUCUGCUCUGUGUUGUGACAAGGGGCAGAGUCUGGUGCUGGCUGGGUCAGACCACUUGUCCCAUUAACCCUUCUCUGUGUCUCGAGGCCAGUUGCAGAGUUGACAGCAUCGUGUUGGCCCCCAGGCCUGCACAGAUACCUCAUCAUCCACCCAGCCCUCCCCCCAUCCCCCCGGCAGGGGUUCCUCCAGAUCUAGUGCCGAAUGACUAUGUCCAGAUUGGUGGUGAUGGGUGUUGUCGCUGUUUUUGUUGUUUGUGACUGCUGUGUGCCCAAGUGGGCAGCCACCUCCCAGCCCUUUCUUGGGCAUCUCCCCUUUGAGAGCUGUUAGGACCACAUCUGUCCUCACGCUGUGGGACCGCCUGGCCCUUCCCUUCCUAUCCCUUCCAGCCUGGGACACACACACACAUACACACACCUUACCUCUCAUGCGUGUUUUACCUGUGCUGUUUGGAGUGGCUCACUGCCUGGGAUCUUUACCUCGGGGAGGAAAAGGGGAGAGUGGUUCCCUUGGGGCCAAAGAAGGGCAGGGGAUACCUGGAGGGGAGUUGGGUCACCACAGUCUCUCUCUAGGAACAGCUGCUUCUCCCCCCACCCCAAUCCCAGGGUCCCACUCCCAAUCCCCAAAGAGGUGGCCCUUGUUUACAGUGAGGACUUGGUCACUGUGUCUCUGUUUCCUGAAAUAUGAAUUGUAGCGACCCCAGACUGUAGAGAUUUUUAUGUGUUUGGGUACAUCUGCUGUGUGGGAAAAAAAAAAAACUACAAAAACCCUAAUUUUGUACAUAUUGUAUUUUUACUAUUGAACUGUACUCUAGUGGCUGUUCAUGCUCUGAGUUUAGGUAUUGAGACAUGAAUACUAUCCAUGUAAUAAGCACUUGCCUGGAAUAAAAUAUAAAACUGAAAUAAAUCUGCACUGAAACCUGAGACGGAGCUCCCAA